GUGCGGCACUUUCUGGGCUUCUAAUGAGGCCGACAUACGCACGCAACCAGAGUGCAUAGUAAUCACCAGACAAACCACGGCAUGGUCCCUUAAGUCCAGGUGCACCCGCACGAUUUAUCAACCGUCUUGGCAAAGUCAUAACGUCAAUCAUGGCUAAUCCUAAGCUAUAUUUGCCUCCCAAUUUAUCGGAAGACCUCAUUCGGAAGCUACUAGCGGACUUGCGUCUUCCAGAGCCGACCACUGUCAAACCACUGAUCACGACAGCUGCAUACCACAACAUUUAUCUGAUCUCAUUUCCAGGAGAAUCGGCUCUUAGUCUAGGGCAAGCCCAGCCGAAUGAGCCCGAUGGCUCGAUAUCAUUGGUCUUGAGAGUCUCUGGCAAGCACCUCCCUCGAAUUAAAACGCUCAACGAGGUUGCGGCAAUGACUUGGGUUCGAGACGCUACCAAGAUACCUGUACCAGCCAUAGUCUGUUUCGAUGCAUCUCAGGAUAAUGCAAUUGGUCAUGAGUACAUUUUAUUGGAAAAGGCACCUGGCGUUAGUGUUGACACCAUUUACGACAGUCUUGACGAUGAGAAACGAGAAUAUCUGAUAAUCCAGCUAAUGAAUUAUUUGAUGGAACUACGCCAAUGCGAGUGGCAUCACUCGGGCGGGCUGAGUAUGAAUGAAAAUGGCAAGAUUGUUCCUGGUCGGGUGUUGGCAGAGAACUUCUGGCAGGCACCCGAGAUCGGUGAAUUCUGGGGAAGCGAGGAAACCAUCGACACGCUCAAUGUCACGGGUCCUUUCGAUACCUACACGGAUUAUGUCGAAGGGCAUAUUCAGCAGUAUACUCUGAACAUCGAGAAGCACGCAUCGUUGGAGUGGAUGCGAGAUAUUAUUCCCCGGCUUCAAGCCUUCGUCGCAUUUUUGAAAUGCAACGCGACAAACCUCAACGAUACCAAGUAUAUAUUGUCGCAAAGGGACCUGCACUUCGGUAAUAUCAUGUGCGACUCUGUUACGCUACAGAUAACUGCCGUGUUGGAUUGGGAGUUCUCCGCAGUCCUGCCUCUACCAAUUUGGACCCCUGGAGGAGGUUUCUUGUGGAACGCACAAGAAGGCCCUGAAGCGCUAGCUGAGAGAGAUCGACUGUAUCAGAUCUUUACUAAACUUUGCAAGAGUCUGGACUGCGAUUUAGUAGCCGACUUCGACAUCAAGAACCAGAAGCCGUAUUUGGAAAUCAGCCGAGUGUUGAACUACGUUCGAGCCAUUGUUGAGGUCUGUCCACGAGGGCAGAAGUCCGACAGCGUCAGAAGUUGGCGCACUGCGGCUGAGGAAGCAUUAACAGAGCUAGGGGCAUGAAUGCUCAGGUCGCGAGCAUAAAGAGUCUCAUCCCCAGUCGAAAAAGUUGAAGAAGUAUAGUGACCUUGGCGGGGUACAAUACCAACUCGCUCGAGAAUCCCGUCGUAGGUUAGAUUCAGUGCACAUGUGAGCUGGCGUUAUCGAGCUGGCUGAAAGCGUUUCCCGAACGCUGAUUGGAUCCUCUGUCACUUGAUCAUCCAGGAGGUGAAGAAGAGAAGGAAAAAGGGGAAACAAAUGAAUAAACUAGAGUGGUCCUAAUCUUAUGACAACUAUAUGAAGAAACCUGAUUCAAGACCAGCCAAGAAGGUGCUAUAAUGUUGAAACGGAAUUUGAAUGAUAUAUGGCUGCCCUAGCUGCUUGUCUAUUUUUUCACUUGGUAUAAAGGUG